CGCCUCGCCGGGGCAGGGCACGGCGCGGCCCGGAGCCGCCCGCCCGGUGUCCCCGCCGCUUCCUGCCGCUGCGGGGCGGGACCGGGGAGGCCUCAGGCGGGCUGGAGAGCCGCCGGUAGCGCGGGGCAUGGCGGCCAGAAACCCGGGCACCGAGCUGGAACUUGGCUGGAUCUCAAAAGUAUAUGUGAACCAACCUGCAGUUGUGAGGCAUGCAGAACAAAUUCAGAAAUGGAGAACUGUGAAAGGUAAUUGGCAAGCUGCUUGGCUGCUGAAAGCUGUCACAUGUAUAGACCUUACCACUCUCUCAGGUGACGAUACUCCUUCAAAUGUUCACAGAAUGUGUUUCAAAGCUAAGCAUCCCAUCAGAGAGGAUCUGCUGAAAGCCAUGGAUAUGCAUGAUAAAGGUAUUACCGUUGCAGCAGUUUGUGUAUAUCCUGCAAGGGUUGCUGAUGCUGUUAAUUCCUUAAAGGCUGCUGGUUGCAACAUACCAGUAGCUUCAGUGGCUGCUGGGUUUCCAUCAGGACAAACUCCUCUAGAAACCAAACUGGCUGAAAUAAAGCUAGCUGUGCAAUACGGUGCCAGAGAGAUCGACAUCGUCAUUAGCAGGAGCCUGGUGCUGAGUGGCCAGUGGGAAAGUCUCUAUGAGGAGAUCCGCCAGUGCCGUGAGGCCUGUGGAGAAGCUCACAUGAAAACAAUCCUAGCGACGGGUGAACUGGGGUCCCUUGCUAAUGUCUACAAAGCCAGCAUGAUAGCUAUGAUGGCAGGUUCUGAUUUUAUAAAGACAUCUACAGGAAAAGAAGUGGAAAAUGCAACCCUUCCAGUCGGAGUAGUCAUGAUGCGAGCCAUUAAAGAAUUCUACUGGCAAACCGGCAACAAGGUUGGAUUUAAACCUGCUGGGGGUAUUCGGACAGCAAAAGAAGCUAUUACUUGGCUUAUGCUGGUGAAGGACGAACUGGGAGUGGAGUGGCUAAAGCCAGAGCUCUUUCGCCUGGGCGCUAGUAGUUUGUUGGAAGAUAUUGAGAAACAGAUUUUCCACCAUGUGACUGGCUCUUAUGCACUUCAGCAUGACCUGGCAAUGGCUUAAAUGCAAAAUCAACUCAGGAUUAUUUUUUAAAAGAGGUCUUUAAAAAAAACAGCAUUCAGAAGUCUUCUGACAAGCGAGUGCAUUUCAUAGAAUUAAAGGCCUAAUUCUCCCUUCUUCAUAUUUUAUAGUAUUUAAAAAUAUGCUCAAGUCUGCUGGUUGUACUUGAUCCAAAAGUAGAAAAAAUGGUAAUUCAGAAACAGUUAAAUAGUUAAUACUUACAGAUUUGCAAAGUUAAUCUUGCAAAGUCUUCCUCAGACCAGCCUGAAAAGCUUAUUAAUGGCAACACUGAAAUACUAUGAAAAAGAUUUAGGUGGCCUGGUAACACUUUGCAGUCUCAGAAUAUGAAAUAUCUAACUAAUGUUUCAGAUUGCUAAUUAAGAGCUACAGAUCUUGGAACAGCUUUCCAUUCACCUCUGACUAAAUCUUCUGCACAGAUAUGUGGCACUAUUAAUUGUUAUGUUGAUUCAAUUUCAAGCAUUGUAACCUGAGAAAAUGAAACUUGGUUAUUUCUUUCUUUUAUAAAAUCUUGGUAGCAAAAACCUUUUUCUUUUAUUUUUUAUUCUUUCCCCCCAAACCUGGGCACAGACAUCCAUAUUUAGACCCUUGAAUAAAGGUGGCUUGAUUUCUAGAACAGCUGAGUAUCCACAGUUGCUCCUGAAGUUAAUGGGAGCUCUGGGUGAUCAGAACAACUGAAAAUCAAGCAGCCUCUAUAUAGGUGCCUAACUAUGCAUUCAGGGGCCUAUUUUUAGGCAUUUCACUCUUAAAAAUUUUAGUCUAACUUGCUUAGAAGCUCCCAUUCCUGUCUCCUGUCAUUUUUAAACACAUUCAUGCAAAUCUUUGCAUUUUAAUGUAGGGGGGUUUGACUGUCAGUUUGCAGGUGUCACUGCUAUGCUGUCUGAACUUCAACUUUGCCAUUCUGAAAGCAUUUCUUUAAUUUAAAAGAAUUGUGGCCUAUGCAGGGUUUACAGCUUUAAUGAAAGAAUACUUUUCUCAGAGCACAUUAAGAGUAAUGCCUAAAUUAUCAACACCUUUUGAAUAUCAGACUGGAGCUAGUAGAUUCAUUACUUCAGAGCUGCAUUCUCCUCACUAACCAGAGUUGUACUAAAAACUUAAUUAUCUUAUCAUCAUGACUAGUCUCACUGACUUAAGUAGGUCUCAUCAGGGAAGUAAGAGGAGGAUUUUGCUGUAAAUCAAGCUACGAGGUACAUUUAUUACAAAGAGAUCUUGACUUCAUAAAGAUAAUAACUCAGUUAUUUAUCUGGUUAAACCACCUGAGUCACUACUGCUCUAUAAAACACAUUGGACAGAUAGGAAAACUGAGCAGGAAAAAAGAACAGAGAAGCAACAUAUACAGAAAUCAUAAUCCUAUAUGCCGUGCUUAGUACUAAAAAUAGGCCUUCAUUUCCCAGUAAGUAGUUCACCCAAGGCUCUCAAGCUUUUUCUGGUUUAGGUCUCAACACAGCAAAUGAGGGCUCAGUAGACUGAGCUGUGGCUGUUUUCACGUUUGUUUUCAGGGGAAGUUGCCUUCCUUUGCUACGGGAUUUGCCUUCUGGUCUCACCAAAAGUUUCUGGAAGGAAAAAGUCCAGUCCCUGUUUGCGUGUUUAAAGUAAAACUCUGCUGCUGAACUUCCAGUAAUGUGGAGUCUGUUGUACAAAGUCACCUCCCAUCAGCUGCCUGCCAGACUGGCCCUCUGUCAUGCCCACCCAGCCACGUCACAGGGAUUUUGCUGCUGUUCAGUUCCAGUCAUGUCAAUGUUUACACUGUACUUCAAUGCUUCUGUCAUAGAAAGUGUCACCUCACUUGCAAAGUUCACUUUUUUUGUAGUUGAUUGUCCUUUAGACAUUUAGUUAACAUAGAAACUAUUCUGUAGAUAUGAUUUGGUUUCUAGAGGAAGUACUCUAAUGUUUCUUAAAAUUGAGGAAGGUCCGACCAUGCCUCCUAUUUAAUGUGAGUACCUGUGGAUACAUCCUCCCAUUUUUCAUGGGACCUACGAGUUGAUUAGCAAAAUUGAUAGCAGAAUUUGUAUUUUUGUUGAUGCACCCCUUUGCCUACCUUUCCCUAUCUGUUUGAUGUGCACAUGGACUCUUGCUGUAGGUUUGCUUCGGUGGGAAGAGGUUCAUUCUGCACAUGGAAAGGUUUGGCUUUCUGAAAAUCUGAUAGUCGCUUCCUUUUUUGUUACAAAUACAACAAUUUAAAAUACUGCGCAGCUUUAAGCCAUCCAGUGUUUUGGAAGAAACUGGAAUCCUAGUAAAAUUGUUAAAGCAUCUUUUGUGUUGAAA